AUGUAUAAUUUCCCGCCCGCUGAACUUCCCCCGCUUCUUUUUGGCCAUUCUGAACGGCAAUUUCUCCAUUUGUCUCCAGGGCGGAAGGGUGGCGAUGCUGCAACACACACGCCAGGUCCAGGUGCCGCAACGGCCGCCAAGGUGGCCACCCCUAGGCAGGGCGCCUUCUCCACAGCCUUAGCGGGCCCCGUGCCCGCCGAUACGGGAGCUGUGGCGGGUGCUGCUGCUGCUGUACAGACCCCAGGGACAUUUAAGAACAAGGAGAAGGUCCUUGUGUUGUCCACCCGCGGCGUGACCUUUCGAUACCGUCACUUGAUGGAAGACGUCAUGUCGCUACUGCCGCACUGUAAGAAGGAGUCCAAACUGGACACCAAGAGCGACCGCGGGGUCCUCAACGAGGUGGCGGACUUGAAGAACUGCAGCAGCGUGUUGUUCUUUGAGGUCCGCAAGAAGCAGGACUUGUACUUGUGGCUGUCCAAGGCCCCGGACGGCCCUUCGGUCAAGUUCCACGUGGCCAAUGUACACACCAUGGCGGAGGUGAAGCUGUCCGGCAAUCACCUGAAGGGCUCCCGUCCCGUCCUGUCAUUUGACGCGGCCUUCGACGUGCAGCCCCAUACCCAGCUGCUGAAGGAGAUGCUCACGCAGGUGUUUGCCACCCCUAAGCGGCACCACAAGGCGAAACCCUUUUUCGACCACGUCAUCUCGUUCACGUUGGCAGACGAGCGGGUUUGGGUGCGCAACUACCAGCUUGUCGUACCCCCAGACAAGAAGCGGGUGGAUCCGGACAACGCCUCACUCGUGGAGGUGGGCCCCAGGUUCUGUCUGAACCCCAUCAAGAUCUUUAACGGCAGCUUUGGCGGAGCGACGCUGUACGACAACCCGAACUACACGUCCCCGAAUGCGGUGCGCGCAGCAUUGAAGCGCAAGGCGGCUAGCAAGUACAGUAGCAAGGUGGCGCAGCGCGAUCGGCGGACGGAGCACAAGGCGCAGAAUCCGAUGCCGCGGGACCCAAUGGAUGGAUUGUUUAAAGGGGAAGAGGACGAGGGCGAUGGAAGUGAUGGCGAUGCCUGA